AUGGCUCCCAAACUCCGUUCGUCGUCGCAUGCUCGCUCGAACAAUUCGCGCCCUUCAACGCCGGUUGAGGCGCAAGCCGGCCCUAGUACCGCGUCUUCCUUUACUGAAUCUACGAGGGAUCGAAAACGCCGGCGGACAGGCCGCAAUACUCGUGUUGCCACGGAUCCUCCCCAAGAUACACCGUCUCUCGAACAGCUGCAGUCGCAGCAGCCUCCUGCUGGAACCGGAGAUGUCGCCGAUGAUGUACAAAUGUACGGACAACCCUCGGAGUGGGCUGAACCUCCCGUGAGGACCCCGGCUCCAAGCUACGCAGACACGCCGUGGUCAGCUGUUUCCAGUGACGCGAACCCUAUACUUUCUACCAUGCGCCCUCUCGGAGCAUUGCCAUCUGCUGCAGACCUACGCAAGGUAGGAUUGGUACCUCAGAAACCUACGCCUCAGAACAUUCCUGCAAAGAAGGAGCCGGAACAGACCAUACUGAAUGGGGACAAAGAGAAUGGGAAGCAGACUCCGGAGACACCGGCCGAAGAACAAGUGCCCGAAGAUGAAGAAGCUACAGAAGAAGAAGUUCCCGAAAUGUCAGAAGAAGAUAAAGCUCUCGAGGCUCUUCUGUUGGACGAAUCAAAAGAGGUGGAUUUUUCGGCUCUCGCUGCGAUUCCGAUCCCCGAUUCGAAUGAGUUUGACAUGGAAAAGCUCAAGACGGCAGUUGAGCAGGCCUUCCGCCUUGCCACUCUUACUGGAAAUAACCCAGUCGUUCGCGGGCUCCUACGCAUGUGGGGUGAUUGCAAUAGGGAUCCGUUUGUGCUAUCUGUUCUUGACGGAAUGCUUGGAGACGACCCUUCAAAAGAAGAAAUGUCCGCGUUUCAUAACAUGAUGCGCGCUGCUUGGAGGGAUGUGCGGGCGGAAGAGAACCAAUCCACAGCUGCCCCUGAGCCGCCGCUCAUGGCCCGCACCCGGUCUGCUAGCAGCGUUUCGUCAUUGUCGUCUGCCAAAUCCCUUGAUGCUGAGACCUUUGCCCCAGGAAUGGCACCCGGAGCAGGAAAUUCUCGUUCGCGUGCCAAGGGAAAACAAACCAAGGCCAAGGGCAAGGAGAAAGAAGCCCCACGUUCGGCAUUCCCAUCAUCCAACGACGCUAUUAACAACCGAAAGCGCGCUUUAGAAGAAGACCCUGCAUUUUCAGACCUGGCUAUCACAAACAAACGGAGUCGACUACAGAAAUCUCUUCCCAAGAUUGUCGCCCAUGAAAGCAAGCUUCGUUCUUCCCUGGGUUCAAACUCUCCUUCCAAUGCUGCAUCACCGGCGCCAAAUGCGAACAACCGCUCUCAAGGAGAAGCCGAGCUUAAUGGCAUGGGAAGGUCGGGCAGUCCGGAUAGCAGCGAUGCUGAGGGCAACCGGCGCCUGACACCUACCUUUGCUGAUGACGAAACUCUCGAAAACAAUGAUUUUUGCCGGAAUUGCACCCGCAGUGGACAGUUGCUGUGCUGCGACGGCUGUGUCAAUUCCUUCCAUUUCUCUUGUCUCAACCCACCAUUGGACCCCGCGAACCCUCCAGAAGGGGAAUGGUAUUGUCCGAAGUGCUCGUGCUCCAGACCUAUGCGUACUCUCCUGGGUGCACUCGACAAUGUCGGCGCGAAAGACUUUGCGUUACCAGCCCGCCUUCGGGACUAUUUCACAGGCGUAAAGACAGGCGAAGGUGGCAAAUACGAAGAGACCGCACCGUUGCCUAGAACCACCACACGCGGGGGACGAGUAAAAUUAACUGGCCGUUAUGACGACCCUCAGCUUCUCAGGACCGUCGAUGGAAAAGGCAAGCUUAUCUUUUGUUAUGGCUGCGGACGCACCAGCAACGGACGUCGACCGAUCAUUCAAUGCGAUUACUGUCCCUGUGCCUUUCAUAUGGAUUGUGUCGACCCUCCUUUGGCAAAUCCUCCCAACCAAAGGGCAGGAAGCGAUAGGACGCAUCACAACUGGAUGUGUCCCAACCAUGUCUACCAUGACUUGCUUUACGUUACGAAAGAUGAAGAAGGGUACGAUACAGUCCGGCGGAUUCGUCGCCCUAAGCGCCCUCGAAUGAUUGACAUCGAGAUAUUGCCGGAUGAGGAAGAGUCCGAGCGAAUUGAAGACCAGGAAGAAGAGGGCAUCAUGUAUCGUGUUUCUGAAAAGGGUGUCAAACUUGAUUUUAUUGAGCGUGUCAGACGGGAAAACGAAGAGGUUGCAACAAAGAAAGCGGCGGCCUCAAAGUAUUUCGAUUAUGCCAAAUCCCGCAUCGACGACCUCACCUCGAAGGCGCACGAAUUCUAUUCCUCCCAGACGCCAGACUUCCCAGCAGAGGACACGACAGCCGCGGUGUUGAAUUCACGAACCGUCGCCGAGCGAGAAGCGGCUGCAAACCUCCUUUCUUUCGCCCAAGCCACUCGGCCUAACACGGGGAUUGACAAUGGCAAAAUCAACCUUCUCAUCGACCAGCUGAAAGCUAAUGCCCCCAAUAACAUCCCCAAAGCCGAGACGGAGAUAGCGUCGCUACGGACGCUACAAGACCUCAUCGAGCAGCGUAUCCGUACGCUGAACUCUCAAUCUUAA